AUGCCGAAAAUUUUACUAUAUCUGCCUAUCACCUCGCAGUCAAACUUCCUCCCCUGCAAACCCUACUUAUUCCAGGUCCAUCUUGGCGGCUUGGCUCUCGCCGAAUCCAUGUUGCCCAUCCCUCUGCCAAGCCUGGUGUUGCACAAGAUUCCUGGCGAUGGACAGACAGAGAUCAGUAGUGGACUCUUGGCGCCCAAAAAGAAACUCUUGCAAUCACGUAAAGAGGCAGAUCGGUCUUGA